CCUCUCUGCACAGCUCUGUCUCAGUUUCAGUGGGAUGAUGGCUCCUCCAUGCUGCUAGCCCUCAGGUUCUGUGAUGGUGCUUUCUAUGAGUCAACUUGGCUAGGCCAUGGUGCCCAAAUAGGUGGUCAGUCAUGAUCCUGGCUGUUUGUGUGAGGGUGUUUUUGGAUGAGAUUCACAUUUAAAUCUGUGGAUCUGUGGACUUUGAGUAAAGCAGAUUGUCCUCCAUAAUGUGGGUGGGCUUCAUCCAACCAGCUGAUGGCCCAAAUAGAACAAAAGACUGGCCUUCCCCGAGCAAGAGGGAAUUCUGGCAGCAGCUGAUCUUUGGACUUGAACUGCAACAUUGGCUUUUCCUGGUUCCACCCUUCAGAGUUUGGACUUACUGGCCUCCGCAAUUACACGAGCCAAUUUCUUACAAUAGAUCUGGUUCUCUCAGUGUACACAUUCUGGGUUCUGUUUCUCUGAAGAACCCUGACUAAUAGAGGUACCAUAUGUCUUCCUUCCACACUGCCCACAACUUAGUACCAUGCCUUUAUUGUACACUCCUCCAAUUAUGUAACGCGAGCCCUGCAGUUUCCCGCCAGCUCUGUAUGCCUUCUGCAGGCCAGCACGACGGCUGCAAGCCUCCCUGGAGGCUGCCCACGCACCCACCUCCUGGAAGCUGGGCCCUGACGACCGCUGGGUGUUCCCUGCCUCUGUGGCAUCCCCCGUCUAUUGGGCCCUGUGAAUUCAGAAUUUUUUGUUUACUUAAAGCCAGAACAAGGUAUUCCUGUCCUUCCCACUUUCAGGGUAAGAGGUCUGAACCUCCAGUGUAGCAGAUUCAUUUCUGUCUGGUUUGUGGCCAAGUCAGAGCCAUUUCCUAAUGCCAAAAACAGAGACUGAACUUUUCUCUGUCUGUGGGAGAUUUUACAACCCAGUCCCAUUUCAAAGAGAAGACCGAGGCCAGGAGUGUCUUACCCGGAGUUGCCUGGUGAGUCAGCGGCCAGGAAGCCAGGACCCCUCUGACAGUUUAUGCUUUAUGACCAGGUGCCCUUGUUCUCAUUCAUGGAGACUGAUGACAAUUUCUGCUCUUCUCCCAGUGACCCGCACAGUGAUGCCAAGUCAGCCAUUCUGCUCUGCCUCCUGGAGUCUGAACUGCGUUCUCCAGCAGGGAUGGGGGAUGCAUGAAGCUGUACCUACUGCCUGGCCUAGAGAGAGCCACUGGACCCCACUGACCACCAGGGGACAAGAUGUGCACUCAGGCCACAACACCUGUGACUUAGGGGAGUGAUUUUGGUCCUCACAGUCAGUGAAGUGGGCACACAGAUGGGGAAACACGGGUCUGACACCUGCUGGAAGCCACACAGCAGCAUGUGGCUGGCAGGGCUGAGAGUUGCACCCAGGGCUAGGCACUAUCAAUUGCCUUUGACAGACAUGGGUUGGUCCCUAGAGGAAGCAGGGCCAGGGCAGCUGCAGCCCCAGCGGUCAUAGUGCUGGGGUUGAGGAAACCUCGUGUGUGUCAGUGUGACUAGGAGGUGGUGAAGAAUGCACUCCCUUCUGCAUGCCCAUAGGAGAAGCUCAAGGAGAGGCAUACUUGGGAGGAGCCAUGGGAUGAAGCUGGAAUGCUGGGGGUGGAGCCUGGAGAGCUUGGAGCCCUCAUAAGACCUGACAGCCAGGAGAGGGCACAUUUCAGGGACACCAUGGAGGGUGGUUUCACUGGGGGUGAUGAGUACCAGAAGCACUUCCUGCCCAGGGACUGCUUGGCCACUUACUACAGCUUCGAUGGCAGCCCCUCACCCUAGGCUGACAUACUGAAGUUUAACUUGGAAUGUCUCCACAAGACCUUCGGCCCUGGAGGCCUUCAAGGGGACAUGCUGAUCGACAUUGGCUCAGGCCCUACCAUCUACCAAGUUCUUGCUGCCUGUGAGUCCUUCUGAGACAUCACUGUCUCCGACUUUACUGACCGCAACCAGGAGGAGAUGGAAAAGUGGCUGAAGAAGGAGCCGGGGGCCUAUGACUGGACCUCAGUGGUGAAAUUCGCCUGGAAGGAAACAGGUAGGGGUGCAGAGGUUGAGGAGAAGGAGGAGAAGCUGCGGGCAGCAGUGAAGCAGGUGCUUAAGUGUGAUGUCCACCUGGGCAACCCGCUGGCCCCUGCUGUGUUGCCUGCCGACUGUGUGCUCACCCUGCUGGCCAUGGAGUGUGCCUGCUGUAGCCUUGAUGCCUACCGCACUGCACUGUGCAACCUUGCCUCACUGCUCAAGCCGUGUGGCCACCUGGUGACCACGGUCACGCUUCAGAUCUCAUCCUACAUGGUGGGGAAGCGUGAAUUUUCCUGCGUGGCCCUGGAGAAGGAGGAGGUGGAGCAGGCUAUCCUGGAUGCUGGCUUUGACAUUGAACAGCUCCUACCGAAUCCCCAGAGCUACUCUGUCACCAAUGCUACCAGCUCUGGGGUCUCCUUCAUUGUGGCUCGCAAGAAGCCUGGGCCCUGAGCCAGGAGGGCCAGCCAGAGGUCUGGUCAGGCUGUGAGGCCUUGGCCAUCUGUGUGCUAGAGAGGGGUGAGGAAUGGAUACUGUCUAACAGCCUCUGAUUUCAAUACUAACAUUUCAUCUUCUGAAACUCUGAGAUUCUAACAUCCUUGUUUUAGAAUUCUAAGUUUCCAACAUUCCUCAUUCUAGGAUCCUAGGAGUGGAAUUUUCCAUUUUCUAAUCUACUAAGCCUUACAGCUAUCUUAGAUGCAAUCUGACUCCUGUGUGACUGUGGAGCAUCCAGGGACAUGGUUUCAGAGUCUACCUAAUAUGUUAAGAACAAGGAAACCUCUGGACAGUGGUAUAUUGGGGAAUGUUUCAUAACCAGCUCUGUAAAGGAAAAGCACUGAUACGUAGCAGUUACCAGUUUCUGUGGUGUAAAUACUCCCACCAUGGCGGAUUUCAAGCCACCAGUGGUUUAAUAACCAGUUCAUAAAUCUCCUAAACAUUUUACAGUUGACUCUCAUGAGCUGAUCGGAGUCAGCUGGAACAUACCACUGCCUCUAGACUAAGGUCAGCAGAUUUGACAAAUACAGACUGCCCCAGUUCACUGAAUUUUAGAAAAAUGAAAUAAAUUUUUAAGGUUAAGUAUGUCCCCAGAAUUGCAUGGAACAUGCUUCUCCUAAACAAUGAUUUGUUGUUCACCUGAAAUUCAAAUUUAGCUGGGUGUCCUGUAUUUCAUUUGGCAACCCUACUUCAGACCCAAGUGUAAGGUACAUGCAUGUGCUUUGGUCAAGGAAUACGCCAAGGCAGAUAUCCAUGCCUGCAUGACUCAGCGGGUUUGGUGCACAGGCACACACCUCCACUUGUUAUAUAACCUGUUUGUGUAAGUUCAUACUUGGUCCGAGCCACUGUUGUCUGUAAAAGGUAAUUGUCCUGCUAAUGCUGUACAGGGGCUCUUGGGGUUCGGCUCAGCUCAACAUGACUUGACAUAGUGGGCGCGCUGGCACCCAGAGAAAGAGAGAGAGCCAAAGCUGUCCGUCUUGCAGAUGGACAGGAAGGAGCUAGGACACAGUUCGGCUAGCUCAUGCCCAGAGGGAGAAAGAGUUAAGCUGCUGACCCUGAAGGCAAGGGAGAGCAGGCUGCACAGCUCUGUGUAGGAGCAGUGGGCUCAAGCAGCUGAAACAGGGCGGACAGUGUGAGAGAGCUAGUGUGAGUAAACUGUUGAUGAGAGCUGUUGCUGAAUAAAACCAUAUUCA